UAUAUCCAUGUGCAUUUUCUAACGCGUUGAUCCCGGGGCCUUCGCACAAAACCAUGGUCCUUUUAGUCUUGAUACUGGGUCUGGCUCAGUUUCCCAGAUUGGUCCAAGUUUGCAAUCCUCCUGCCUCAGCCUCCAAAUAGUUGAGGUUUCAGACAUGUACCACCGCGCUCCAUUAUAAUUUUGAUCUGAAGAGAUUGGCUGGAUGUGCAGAAUAGCUUUUCCAAACCAUCUUUGCAUUGUGCUGCGUUUGCUGGGAUGAUGUUUGGAAGACUAACUCUUCCACAGGUGCUUUUGGCUGGCAUCAUGGGAAUUGCUGGAGGAAUAUAUAUUUACCAACCAAUAUUUGAACAGUAUUCCAGAGAUCAAAAGUCAUUAAAAAAGAAGGUGGAAUUAACAGAAGAAUCAGAAGAGAAGAGAAGUUAAUGCAACAUGGAGUUGAAUACGUGUAAUUGCCCAAAGUUCCAUUGGAUAUAAUAAGGAAUCUUGUAAAAUUUUUAAAUGCAUAUAUAUUUUAAAUAUAAAUAAACCAUAGAUAAUGAUUGUAGUUGAUUUUUAAAA